AAAAUAAUGCAAUCACAUGUUAUGCGUUAAAUAUAUAAUAUCUAAUAGUUUAAUAUCUAUAUAAUAUGUGACCUGUUUUGAGGUUAAAAGAAAGAAGUUUAAAAAUAUUUAUAAAUUGUAUAUUGUAAUUAAAAAUAUGGCAGAUGUAGAACAUUCAGGAAGAGAAGGACACAGACAAUCCUUCACUAUUUUUGGAGAACCAGUAAUUAAAACAAAAUGUCAAAGAAAUGCUUUCAUAACUGCUAUUACUGGUGGCAUAAUUUGUGGAUUAAUUUCAUUUUUAAUAACAAGUAAUUCAAGAAAAUCUACACGAAUAGGAAUGGCUUCUUACGGUGCAAUAGGAAUUAGCUAUGCAAUAUAUUGUGCAGUUGAUGAAAUUAAUACAAGAAAUGAAUUAAAAAAACUCAGGCACCUUUUGUAUGAAACAUCUAAAUCGGAUAAUACUAGCAAUAAAAAAUUAGUUGAUGUAUAAAAUA